AUGGGCCCGAGGAAGCGAGCUGUCUCAGCGUCGUCGUCGAGGAAACCGAACCAGAACCUCCGCCAGUCGCAGCCCGCCAAGUUUGGCAUCCAGCAUUUCUUCGAGCGCCACUCUCAGGCCGCCGCUGCGGCAGCCGUCGCUUCUUCAGACGCAUCUUCCGAACCCGCCAGCUCUUCGGCGGACUCAGAGGCGGGAUGCGGUCAAUGUGCCCCCCCUCCUGGAGUGGUUCCUCCGGAACCAUCCGCCGCCGCUCCCCAGGACGCGGAAGAGGAGGGUCCAUCCCCGAUAUCGCCAGAGGUUACCAAAGGCGUCUCAGUCAAGCGCUUCAGAUUUUCCCCUAGAAUGGUGAAUCCCUCUUCACUCUCCCCAUCAUGCGUGUUCCUUUUUUAUGAGCUUGGUUAGCUUCUUCUUACUGCUUAUGGGCAUUUCGCCCUUUCUUUUGAAGAGCAGUUGAUCAAGCAGAGUCAGGAUGACGGAGAGGAUGAGGUGACCUGGAAGAUAUCCCCUGUUAAUCAGAGGCUGCGAUCUCUCACUACCAAAACCGUGCAGGACGGACUAUCCGUCCCUCCCAUUGGUUUGAAACAGAACAUAUCUAGUCUACGUUCUUGUUCACAAGAGAAGGUCUGCUAUUCGAUCGCUGGGGGUAUAUGGCAUUAUGGCCACGUUGCCUGCCAAUUGGGUCCUAAGCCUCUAAAAUUGUUUAGUUGUGUGCAGAAUUCUGUUUUUCUUGGGGGACGGCUCGGGAAGCGGGACCCCUCUCCAACAACGGUGGCGGAUGGAAAGGUUUUGGGAUACUCCAGAAAUACGUUUUCCCAUGACAUCUCACAACGAGAUGGAUGUGAAAAGAAUGGUGAUUCAAACAUAGUUAGUGCCGUGGAGUCGCAAACAACAUUUCGAACCCCUCCAUCAGUGUCAUAUGGUCCCCUCGAGGUAAAUUAUUACAUUUUUUAUAAAAAAGAUAAUGGGAUUCACUCAUGGGCUAUUUACGUAAUUCUUUUUAUAUCAGCCUGUAGGCAGCGGUGCUUGUAACGAUGCAUCUAAUCAGCUAGGUUCAACGGAGUAUAGAAAGGUUUUGGCAGCUCUUCUCAAUAUUUCAUUCAACGUCUUUCUCUGAUUUUGUUUAACUGCUUGCAAGUUAUAACCCCAUUUUCUUUUAAUGCCCAGUUUUCCAAGAAAUUCUUUUUUCUCUGUCAAUUAACUACAAUUUCGAAUUUUUUAUUUUUUAUUUUUUAGGCAUUGCUUGAGCUCCUAGAUCAAGUGGAAGGUGAAAUUGCCAUUGAUGGCUCAACGGAAGCCCCCAGAAAAUGUGUAAUUGAAGGACAGAUGGAAAGGACUUGCAAGAUCAACACAAGUGAUGAACAUAAAGCAUUUAUCAAUACAUCAGCAGAAAUGGACCAUAAUGCUUAUUGCAGUCAAAACCUUCUUGUGCUGGAGGUAUUCUCUUUGUGCGAUUACUUAUGAUAUUAUUCAAAAGAACAGAUUAUUAUGCGUUUUUAAUGUCUUUAACAGGUUACAGAAGAGCACAGAUCUAUUGAUUCAUCUAAUGUGCGGGAAUCUGUGAAGGUGCUCUUUAGAUUUCCCCUUGUCCAUUUUAAACGUUUAAAAGACAAAAUGUUUCACAUUAUAAAAUACUCCAGCUAAUAAAUUAAUUGAUGUGUACGUUGCCUUAGGUCCUUCGUUUGCUGAAUGAAAGGAGUGGUGAAGAGCAGGCUUUGUAUUUGUGUGAUGAAUGGUAUGUACAUAGUUCGAUUGAGAGAAUCGAUUACUUUAUUCGAGCCUUCAUUCGCCUAUCGUUUUUUUUAUCUAAAAUGGAAUAUGAGUACCGCAGGAUGUUGUCCAUCAGUGGCACCAAAAUUUGUGCAUGAUGCCCUUCCCUUACACAGUGUUUUAAUGUCUGUGGCAAGAGACAUGAAAUAGGGAAUAUAUGUCUGGAGACAUAGAUGUCCAACACAGACUAACAUCUUUGCCCACAAAAUGUGCAAGGGACGUUCAUGAGUGGUUUAUGGAUGUCCCACUAAAUCUAAGUCUGCAUAUGCUCAUGGCCUGUUGUUAGUGCUCCAGAAUGGACAAACCCCAACACCCUGGAUCUCUACGGGUCUGAUUCUAGUUAUGAAUAGUUCUGCUUAUGGAUCUAAUAUUUCAUGUCCAAUAAUGCCUUCCUAGUUGAACAAUGGCACGUCCAGGCUGACAUUCUCCUGUUCCUUUUCCCUUAAGACGCUCUUCUAUGGCAUUCAUUCCCUCGCAUAUACUCUCCCCUCUUUUGGUGGUUUAUCUCAUUAUUUCUUUUUCGGAUGAAAGUGACCAAAAGUUUCUUAUAUUUGUCCUCAAUAAUGCAUUAUCUGUAUUUUUCAGUGGAGACAAUCUCAUGCCUAAAUAAUUUCACUUCAAUAGUGAAGCUUUUUCUGAUGUUGAUGUUCUCUAUUUUAGGUUCUAUAGCUUGAUUGGACCUGGUGAUACUGUAAAUGUAAUUGGAGAAUUCGAUGGGCAUGAGAGAUAUACCAUUGACAGAAAUUACAAUCUUAUCAUUGUCCAUCCUCACAUACUUGUGUCGGGAACUCGGGUAAUUUUUAUUCUUCUGUUAAUUGUUUCUGAUUUACGCAGCUUUCUGCUGUUGGAUGGACAUUUCACAUCAAAUGGCCUUCCAUAGAGUUUUACAUUUUUCCAAUUCUUGAAUUUUAUUCUUCAUCAAAUUUAGGUUGCCUCUAGUUUCAGCUGCCCAAGGCGAUCAGUUCUUGAUGAGAGACUAAAAAUCAAUGAACAUUCUACACCUGCAUUAAUUGGCACCUUGCUUCAUCAGGUUUUUCAGGUUAAUUCUUUACACACCUUUUUAUUAAUAUUUCACUAUGGUUUAUUGCUUUUAUUUCGACCAGAGUGUCAGAUAGUGAUUUUGAUGUGUUUAACAGGCUACAGCUCUCUUUUUUUAGGCUGGACUGCUUAAAGACUCACCUACAAGAGCAUUCAUGGAAGAAUAUGUGGGAGCUCUGUUGCAGCAAAACGUUGAGAGCUUAUACGCUUGUGGAGGUGGGCCCUCUUGGGUUUUUAUAGGUCUUGAUAAUGCUCACUUGAAGAAAUCCAUUUCCAAACUUCUUCCUUGAUUUAGGUUAAUUUGCAUUGAUCUUUUGUUCUGCCGUUGGAUUGUUGCAACUUAUCGGACUAAGUUGAAUGUUUGAUAGUUGAAGUGACGGUGUAUGAAAUAUGUGCAAAUGGAAAGUGAUAAUUCCGUUUUCAAGUGUUGUUGCUUUGUCCCUAGGUUGAGAUAUUUUAUUUUGGACUCUUAAACGAGCUGAUAUUGAAGAUACAUUUGUGAUCGAUACCGUAAACCACUCAGAGGAGUUUGUAAUAACCAGAAACAAUUAAAAUCUCAGAAAACUGAGUGAUUCCCACCUGACAGGUUUCAGAAAUUCUAAUAUUGAAGAUAGGUCAUACACUGGAGUAACUUUGGAAUAUGCUAUACUACUACGAUGACAUGGUCCCACUUUGUUCUCUAAAACAGACCUUUUGACCUGCUAUCGUCCAUCUUACAUUUUAAUGUCCAGUAUAUCCUGAACAUCGUCUUUGUGUUGUGCAGUAGGUGAAGGUGAUACAUAUCUAACACUUGUCCGGGAAAUUCCAAGAAUGUUGAAUUGGAUAAAACUUUUUAGGGAUGAACAGGUAUGUGCAUCUCCAUUUUGAACUGUCGUGUGUCUCUUGAACUUACGAUGAUGCUAAGGCAAAUUAUUCGACCAUACCGCAACAACGCAUGCAUUCCUUUGAUUCAGUGAAUUUUAUAGCAUAUAGAUGCCAAAAUUUCAUCUCACUUCUGGAUGUUUGAACCUGUCGUUCUUCUUGUUACUCCAGCUUUACUUCCACGCGCCAAAGUGAAAAUAUUGAAGUCAAUAAAGUUUAUUUUCUUACCCUGACAAUUCUUAACUUGAGUGUGGCCAUAUAUUCCAUGACAGGUUAGCUUGUGGUACCUGCCUAUUCUCAUUUAAAACAUUUAAAUAUAUUACUACUCUGAUUUUCAUGUAGGAACUGGUCUUUUAUUUACUUAUGAAGUUUAUUAGCUCUGACACUGAGGUUUGACUCAGAUGGGAUCAAGUAUCUACAAGCAAAUGGAGACAUUUGUAGUAACUCUUCCUUAUUUUCUCGCACAUGGUGAUGCCUCUUGCUAACCAGUAUAAUGGGGGAGCAACCCGAAUGAGGAAAGAGGAGCUCUUACUUUCACUAGAUGUGAUGUUUUAAUUAAGUUGAAUCAGCGGUGUGAUAUGAUUAGUGUGUAUUAUGAUAUUAUUAGUAUUUUUUUGUCAUCAAGAUACAUAUAUUAAAUAUUUGGUAAUAAUAUAUUUGACUAGGGAGUACAGAAACACAUUUAAAUGUAUAACUUUCAGAAUACUGGGGGUGCAUAAGUGAAUGUUGCCUUUUCAAGGAACUAGGGAGAAAGGUGAUACAGAUGAACCUUGUUGUCAUAUGGCAUAGAGAGACUGAUGGUGAAAGAAAUUCAAAGGUUGGAUUUUGUUGAGACAAUACCUAAGACUGAUGAAGCCGCUUGAAGACCACAUAAGUUAAUAAUAGAGGAAUGAAAACAUAAGAAGAUUAAUUGGCGCACACGAACCCAAUUGAUUGUCAAAGGGGUUAUACAGUUUGCUGACGAAAGGUAUUUCUUUCACAAUUCCUAAUCGUUUCUCUUGAUCCAUCUGAAUCUUAUCUCGAUGAAGAAGUAUAUUUAACUAUUGGACACUUCAUUAUUUCUCUUAUCCUUGAUCCGUUAGGGUGUCCUUUGAAUCUGAUACGACUCCGGAUUUCGAGCAAGAAACCAAAUAGAAAAUCGACUGAACAAAAGCACAGGAAUAAAAAGUUGAUGGAGAAUGAUAAACAGGGCUCCACCGGAACCCUAGCUGUUUGGCAAUCAUUCGAGAGGGCCACCACUCUCCCCUUAACCUCAGAAAACUCAGACUCCCCUUUCCCUCCAUUGGAACACUAUUUCUCUGCUCAGUUCCCCUGGAUAUUUGCUAAAAACACCCUUACACUCGUGACUUGGACUCUUUUCCCCUCCUACCCAAAUAUAUUGUGUUGGAGUCGUAUCAGAAUCAUGUUUAAAUUCAUAAAUGUUUGCUAACCUAUGGAUACUUUUGCUCUUUAUUUCUCAAGUUUAGGUCUUUCUAUGCUUCCAAAGCACUGCACUAGCCGCUGUUAGUUCUAAAUUUUAACGCACACUAAUAAGUAUGUUUUACUGUUUUUUUUAAUUCGAUCCUUUUUUAAGUCCCAUAGUUGAUCUAAGUAUUGUUAUUUUCUUCGUUAGGGUCCUAAAAAACCAAUGGUUGACUUUGGGCAAUAUGAUGGAGAAAAAUCAAUUGCCAUAACCGAGGUAUGGUUAUUGUAUUGCACAUUCUUGCCCAUGUACUCAAAUCUUAUUCAGCAAUUUUUUUUUAUCCAACUGCUUGCUUUGUAUACAGAGCACAAAGUUCUCCUGUAGGAUAAUAUUUUUAAUUAAUUGCAAGGUUAAGAAGCAAUUAGCAUUUGUGUUAUUACUUGCGCUGUGGACAAAAUAAAAAAGGCAAAGAUGUGUUCUUGUCUCCAAAUUGGUAGAUGGCAGAGUAAAUACGCUGAAAAUUGUUGAUAAUAUAGAGAUAGCCGGAUGUGUGGUUUCUCUUUCAACAUUUUCAUGGAGUAAGCUCACCUGCUGUAUAUUUCAGUCAUGAAGAUGACCCUCCGCAGGUUAAUGCAGGGUUUUCUUUUCACCCAUUCAGGAUUAAAUCUUAAUAUACUAUGUGCUGGACUAUUCUUAGAAAUUUCAGUAUUCUCAUUGCAACCGUCCUUCUAACAGUAUUCAUCAAAGCAGCUUAAAACCCUGAAGAUCAUAGGUUAUCUCUCUCAACUCUUUCUGCUGUAGAAAUGUUUGGUAGUGUUUUCGUUGCCUCUCUGGUUAAGGUUACCUUUUGAAUUUGUCAUGGAUCUUCUACCAGAUUAUAGUUGGUGAGUAAAAUUAGUAUCCCGUCUGUAUUAUCUUGAGUAUGGAUUUUCAUAGCUUUGGCUUAAGUUCGAAUUUCAAUCAUUCUAAGAACAGAUAAUGCGCCAAUAAUGUAUUAUCUGGUCAGUAGGCCACAUUAGCAUUAAUAACAUGUUCAAGGAUUAAGUAACGUAAACCGACCAAAACAUUAAGAAUCUCAGUUGUUUGUUUGUAUGUAUAUCAUCCGUGGAACUGAACACAUCAUGACCUGCGCGGAAUGUACUUCAUCCAAAUCAUUCAGAUAUGCAAAUUUGCGUACAUUCCUUUGUAGUUCAAAUUAAACUGUUACUCUAAAAUCCCUACCGAUAAAUGAUACUCUUAUUUUUGUUAAAUAUGAAUUGGUGCAUUUCAUGAUAUAUUUGUUGAGAAUCCAGGUGAUGGAUAUUGAAGAGAUGGCACAGGCCCCAAGAUAUGGAUUAAAAGGAAUGAUUGAUGCAUCUCUUCAUAUAAAGAUGGGAUCCUUUGAUGGUGGCGCAAGUGACAAAAUUAUUCCUUUGGAAUUCAAAACAGGAAAAGCAACCAUUGGUCAGGCACGUUUAGGAUUCCAUUGCUUUGGAUGUAUUUGAUUUCGUGUUAAAUAUGAAUUUCCAUUGUUUUAUGUAUCCGACAUAUCGUCUUCUGUUGGACCAGUUUUUUUUCCUGCCAAUGUGCCCUUAAGUGCACCUUCGAGACAAUUAGUUGCAUUAAUUUCCUUUUAGUAUCUCUUUAUUUUCUGCAGGCUGCUAUAGAACAUAGGGCCCAGGUGAUUCUGUACACAUUGCUGAUGUCCGAAAGGUUUGUCUUGAUGGACCAAGUCUUUAGAUCUAUUUCUGUGCAUCUUCUUCUCAUUCAUAUAUUUAUAAAUUUAAAGAUAAAAAUUGUCUUGGCUGUCCUUCAAACAAUUCUUUAAUUCAGAUAUCUGAGAUGUGAUCAACUUGGAUUUUAUUUAAUUUUCAGAUAUCAAAAUAGGGAUGUUGAUUCUGGUCUAAUUUAUUAUCUCCACACUGAUCAAACACUGGUGAGAGAAACAACGUUUAUCUGUAUAACUACCUUAUUCUUUGCUUCUCAACAGACCUGGUUAUUGAAUGUAGGGUAUUAAAGUUCAAAGGUCCGACUUGAUUGGAAUAAUUAUGCGCCGAAAUGAGCUUGCAACUGACAUUUUGAAAGCAUCAACCGUUCAGAUUUUGCCUCCAAUGCUAAGGGUAUUGAGAUGGUAAAUUUUUGUUCUUUCAGUUUCUAAGUACCUCUUAUUUUCUCUUGAAUCUUGUAUUGCAGAGCCCAUCUAUCUGCAAAAGUUGUCGCCAUCUCAACAUUUGUACAGUUUAUCAUAAGGUAAGUCUUCUUAAUCUUCGAGAACGUUGGCUUGCUUAGAAAUAAGAAUUCAGAGAAAACAUGAUCUAUGAGAGCUAAUUUCUGUUUCAUGUUGUCAUCAAUUAAAAUAUCUUUUUUUGCAAUGAUCAUACAUGAAUAGGAUCAAACUGGAUUUUAUUAUUCUCACUCUUGUGCUUGGAUUUUUUAAGAGAGAGAGCCCCAAACAGAGAGAAAACACGACUCUUAACCAUUACUCCUUUUUAUGCAGCCACCCCCUUUCCCUCUCUCUCUCUCUCUCUCUCUCUCUCUCUCUCUCUAUCUAUCUAUCUAUCUAUAGAAUAUGUAUUUAAUGCACGUGCACACAGAUUUGAGACUAGACCUAUAAGUUUUUUGAAUGGCUGUUGUGAAUGGUCACUUAGGUGUUGACACCCAUCUUGAAAGGAGUGAUUGAGAAAAUUGAUAAAAAAUCAUGUACAUUUGUAAUGGGAUGAUACAUUCUGGACAAUUUUACUACUGUACGUAAAGCAAUUCAUCAUAAAAAAAAAUAAUGAAGGUACAAUGAUGGCGAAGUCAGAUUCUGAAAAUUUUUACAAUAGAACAAGCUGGACCCAUUAUAAUGGAACAUUAUUUUUUAUGGGAUUCAAGCAGGAAUGGAUAAAUUGGGUGAUGAGUUGUCUGAACUGCAAGAUUUUCUAUCCUCAUCGAAGGUGAAUCUGAAAGUUAUAUCAAGAGUUCAAGGGAAUUUAGACAGGAGAAUCCCUUGCAUCCACACGUAUUCUUUUUGUGGAGCACAGUCUUAGUUCAGUGUGGAAUGAAGAUAUUUGGAAUAGCAUCUCUUACCCGUGCACAGUUUCCUGAUCCAUGUGUAAAUGGUAACGUGAAACAGCAUUGCAGCCAUUAUAAUGGCUCUAAUACAGGCAUACAUGGGUUUCACCGAAUCAAGUGAAACAGAGUGUCCAGAUCAAUUCAAGGAGGGGCAUGUGUCCUUAAAACAUAUAUUUUCGAUAUCUCUUCUUGCUAAUUGGUUAUAGAGAGUCGGAGUAUUUCCCUGUGGGCAGAUAUUUCCUGAGAAACCUAACCAUACUAGUAGUAUUGUGUGGAGAUUCAUUCCAAUAAACAGUUUUUAGAUAUUCUCCAAUUUUGACCGAGAUUCAUUUUUCAACAUAUUUCUUACUAAUAUUUUUUUAUUUCAGUUGGGUAAUUGAAGGAAAGCUAAUUUUUUUAUCAGGAUACUUGAAUGAAUCGCAUUUCUCUUGCAACGAAAUUCCAGUGAAUUGCUAAUCUUCUACGGAUAUGCACAAAAAAAAUUAUUAGCUCUGGGUAAACAUCACAAAUGAUAUAUCAGACAUACAUUGCAGAAAGAACAUUAAAGCGGCUGAAAUUGUUGAGUAUAUCACUCCGAAUGCUCCAACACUCAUCAAUGCAAAGAGAUAAAGAGGGCAUUAGAAAUUGAGAGUGGGAUGCUAAAUGGUUGUUUAAUUAAAUCGUUUGUAAACAUUUAUGGUGAGGAUCAGUGUAGAGUCUUGUGGCAAAGGUGGUUUAGAAGAAAAAUCAUUCCUCAAGAUAACAAUAUUUCUGUUGAAAUUGGCUACCUAGAGUCUUUCCACUUGUGAUAGGAUUCAAAUUAUCAAACCAAAUAUUUAAAACAAGUGUAACUUAUAUGGGUUGUACAAGGCGGCUCUUGAUCAUCUCUCUGCGGAAUGUGGGAUUAUCAAGAUGCACGGAGUAUUGUGUAUAAAGUUUGUUGUGAAGGUGGCAACUUCUUUGAUACUACUGCAGACUUGAAAUUCUGCAUGCCUGUAGUUGUUGACCUUGGCUGGUGGAAGAUUCUAGUAGUAGCUAGCUCGCUGGCAGUAUGGAUGGAGAAAUAAUUAGAAGCUUGAGCAGAAAUUUCGAAAUAGCUAUUUCACUUGUUUCUGAUUUUGUUCAGAGUAAUAGGAAUGGUAAGUGGGGAAAACACAAUGAGCACGAAGUAAAUAAUGCAAAUGAUGCAUGAAUCAAGAUAUUUUUCUAAAUGAAUCCAUAUGUAUCAUCUUGUUUUAUUUAUUUUGCACGGAUCUGACGCAUUCUAUAUUGGAUCCGUAUUCUCAUUUCGUGUAUAAAUACUUUUUUCUUCAAAAAGAUGCCUUAAAGUUGAAUUUCAUUUUUUACUCAAUUCAAUCUCAACGUAUACUUUUCCUAGUACAUGGGGUCAUGUGGCGUUCGUCUGUUGAUUAAUAUUUCGGAAUCCCCAGGCUCAUGGAGGUGACAGCCACAGUAGCGGACUAGAUGAGCUGUUUAAUUCUCUCGUGGAUCAUUUAACUAUUUCCCACGGUGAUUUCUUGCGACAUUGGGAUCGACUAAUUGACUUGGAGUCUAAAGCAUCCUCGGUAUAUUCUUUAUCAACGUUUUCCUUUUAACUAGAAAAACCUUUACAUUUUGGUUCAUCUGUACUACUUUUAAAAUUAGGUUGCGAAAAGAGAAGCACUACAUCCAUCAGAUUCAAUGCACGAUCGCAAUGGUCUUUCUUCCCUUGUUCUUGACGUUUCAAAGAAAUGUUCAGUGGAUGACUUGUCCAAAAACAGGCGAUACAUUUAUCAUUUCGUAUGCAACAAUGCUCAUUCAGAAGUGAAGAACAAAGCAGUGGUGUACUUAGCAUCAUCUCCAGCAAACAGUUUGGACUGCAAUCUUAGAUGCGGGGAUUAUGUAGUACGCAUCUUACUAUGCCCAAUUUUAAUUCUUACUCAUUUUAUCAAGAUCGAAAAUUUGGACUUACCAUCUAACGACUAUAUCACUGGGAUUUUAUGCCUUUCUUCCUUUCAUGUAGCUUCCUCCUUGAUGUAAUUUACUUUUCAAUUUUUUUUAAAAGAUUAUGAGGUAGCAGCGCCUUUGGUGUUUUGUAAAGAGCUGAGUCAAAUCCACCAGCUUGGUAGUUUGUAGGGUAUAAAUCUUUUGGAAUGCGACACAUGAACUGGAUUUAGCACUUCCUGGAAGUUGCAAAGAAAUGUAGUUAAUUUUUGGCCUACUAAUAACCUUCAGAUAGAUACUGAAAGUUAUUAUUAGGCACGAUUCUUUCGAGCAACUGGGAACACCCGUUGAGAUCCUGAUAUUUGAGAAAAGCCUUUUUAUAAAGUGAUUUUAGAGGAAAGAAUUAACUUGGAAUUAUUUUAACAUAUAUUUACAGCAAAAACGGCAUUUGUAUGCGUGCAAACAUGACCUGUUUUUAGCAUUUCGUUUGCUUCUUUAUUAUGCCCUGUAAGUUCUUAUUUCAAGUUUCUAGUAUAAGUUCUUAUGUAAGGAUCCGAUAUCAAUGUUCUUGAGUGAUCAACUGAAUAAACUGUUAAGAAGUUGAUAUCUGAAAAUGUUUCUAGUCUGAUUUGGGAUAUCAAAUAGGUUUUUAAUCUUCAUUCCUCAGUUCAUCAACAAUGGAGCUUCCACAAGAUACUUAGACAUGGUUAAUCUAUUCUAAAAACAUUUCUAACACCUAAGAUACGCAAUUGCAAACAGAAGAGAACGAGUACAAGAUAUUUACUUCAGCAAGUUCCAUAAUUGACAGAUGCUUGGAUAAACAAUUCUAAGCUUAUAAUUCUGUAAAACUAGUGAUCAAUCAACGAUUUUAGGAAUUUGAUGGAUACCCAAUGGCAGUUUGUAGGGAACUUGAGCGUAAAAACAUACUGAUUAAAGGAUAAGAGUACCAAAUGACAAUGAAGUGAAAAGAUUGAUGCGUGAUAACAUUGGUGAGAUGCCAACCUGCAUGCUGACGUUAAAUUCUAAUUGACGCUGAUUUUCCAGAAACUGUUAACUUCUAAUUGACUGAAAUCCCUUUAAAUAUUAAACAAAUGAUUAUGGAAAUUAAUACAUUAAUUGCUUAAUUUAGAAUCCCCUAGAGAAGGUAAUAUAUUAAUUUAGAAAUUUGGACUAAGAUGUCACGAGGAUGACCCAUUCUACUAGAUUUACUUGAAUGUAUGCUGAGAUAAUGCUGCAUGAGUGCCGGGCUAAAGUAAGUUAAUACAAUAACGGGCACUAGAUACUUCUAUAUUAAAAAUCGUAAACAUAAGAAUCAAUUUUGGAGAGGGUUUGAGUGGAAUUCCAACGGAUGGAGAUGUAUGAGACUGUGUCAUAUCAUUUCUGCAUUAUAUUCUGUCUUUCCUCCUUUCUUCUGACGUUGGUGGUUUCCUCUUUGGUUUUCCUUCCAGUUAUGUCCCCUUCAUUUCUCUUUUCUUCUUCCUCUUUCUCUUGGUUUCUUCAGUUUUUUCCUUGGUGCAUCAUCAUGCCUUGCCAAAGAUGAGGGUGGCAUGAUAGAAAUUAGGUCUUUGGUGGAGAAACACUGUUGGUCCCCAGAGGUUGUGACUGGUUUGUCCCUACUAUAUUUCAUCCUUUCUGUUACCAAUCACAUCUUUUGGGUUAAGUCUGUGGUUUACGAGUCCUAGUUGUGCUUGGUAACUUCCAAUUCUGAUAUGAAUCAGCUUAUAUUCGGAUCAAUGUUUGGCAAUUUUAUGAACCGUGGGAUUAUGCGUCCUAGAGUAGGUUACUUGUUGGUGCCAAUAUUCGCUAAUUUAAUAUUAGUGGAUACUCCUUAGUAAGAAUUAGAGUUUAAGUUGCGAUUAGAGGUGUAUUUUAUAAGGUAGGAUUCAGGUACUAUUAAAAAUAAAGAACCAAACAUAGGAGAUAUAAUCAUAGUGAAAAUCAUGAUCUGAUUUACUUAAAAAGAAAGAGUUAACAAGAUCAUUUCGUGUGUAGAAACUCAGUGAUCGGAAUAAUGGGGAUAUGGUGGAUAGGAUUAUACCUUUUUGUCUAAACAGAAAAAAAAUCUGAAAUAGUCUGUGAUUGCCUUCUAUUCAAUGGAUGUUGAGGCUCUGUAAAACAGUCAUCAGGCCACUGGUGGUUUUUGAGGCAGAAUUGUCAUGUUGUAAAGAAAUCUCAAUAUAAAGUAGCUUAAAUGAUAAUGCUUAAGUUGAUGUGUGUGAAAUAAGCAGAAUUGCAAUGGCGUUUAUGAGAGUUUGCAGUAGUAACUCCAAUAGGAGAUAAGUAAUAAAAGUUGCCUCAGAUGAUUUGGCGACUUGCAAAGAAAGCUAACGUGAGUAAUUAGAAAAUAUGGUAAUCAUUUGAUGAUGAUUUUGAAAAUGAAAGAGAAAGACCAGACUGACUUGAAUGCGAUGAAGCAAGAUGUGAAUCGUCUUCAGAUUUUUUUGGUCUGACAAAGAUUAAAAACUGGUAAGGGUUUAGAGGCAAAUCCCAGACGCACAUCACCAUGAUCCACCAAAAUCCCUACUAAAUGAAGCCGACACCAUAGAUAAGACCAACAGUUUUUUUGACUGAGGGAAAUUCAGUUUCUUUCAUAUACGGAUGCCAAAACUUGUGAAUGCAGGGUUCUAAAGAUAGUCUCUUUUUUGGCGUUAUUAGCAGACUAAUAGCUAGUAUUUUUGGCCUACUCCUUUUUCUCGAUUUUUCUGAGGUACUUGUCUUUUUUUUUCUUUAAAUCAUGUGGAGCUAUCUACUAGUGUAAUUUCUUGCGGAAUUUUUGCAGAGAAUUGAUUGUGCGACUUAACCUCGAUGAAUGAUCAAUUUAGUUCCAUUCAUCCCAAUUGGUGGAGUAUAUCACUAUCGACAAAUUUCGUUUCUUGGGCCCUUCGGUUUUUUUCUCUAGAACUCCUGCCCAAAAUACAUAAAACCUUGAUGGCACUUUUAUUUCUUCGCACAAGAUUAUGCUUUAUCAAUGAAAAACCGUAAGUCCACAUUUCCAUUUCCAGCUUUCUGAGCCUAUGCCCCCAGAUGCAAUAUCCUCUGGCUCUUUUCUUUUGUUUAGGAUUACGAGCUUCACAGAAAGUGCAGUGCUAAUGCAAACCAUAAGUAUGGAGUCUUUCACUCCAUUACAGCUUUCUGUAGUAACGCCCCCAUAUGCAAUAUUCUAUGUUUCGUUUCUUUUGUUUAAGCUCGUGAGCUUCACAAAAAGUGCAGUGCUAAUGCUCGACCAGAUUAGGGUCCAUGUGUUCUUCUGGAUGUCCCAUUUUCCAGACGUAUGAAUUUACUGCCUUCUUUCCUGUCUAUUGAUUAGCAAAAGGUUAUAAAGUGCUAUGAUUACUGUCUUCACCAUCUGGUUUUAUUAAAGUCAUUGUUGUAACAUGCUUUCAUGUACCUUUAUACUGUCUUGAUACGCGAAUUUUGUUCCAUUCUUUAACUAGGUACUUAGCACAGAAUCGGGAUAUAAUUCAGUUGCCAAUGGAGUGAUAGUGGACAUUAGCCACUUCAAUGUUUCAGUAAGAUUUUCACCUAAUAUACAAUACUAGCAAUAUUUCAUUGAUCAGUGGAUUCCACCUCGACAAUUCUUGAUUAUUUUUGUAACUCCUUAUGGCAAUAAAUAUCCACCCAGUCAACAUGGUGUUGCGAAUAAAUUUUCUUGAUUUUUUAUUUAUUUGAUUGAAUCCUGUGUGAAUGGAAAUGUUGUCCUUCAGAGAUUCGGACUUUGCUAUCGAGUUCUUUGUAAUACUCUUAUCUGGAGUUGAUUGAUGUCAUAUAAAUUUUGGAUGUUAUGGUUUUAUAACUUUGCGUCCUUCCAUCUCAGGCACAACCAUCUUAAAUGACUUCUCUUUUCACUGUACUGCUACUGUUCUUACUAAAAGAGUGCAGCAUAUAUCCCUCAGGUAGCACUUGCUCGAAGGUUGAGGCUUCCUGGAUCUAUCUCUUCAUCAGAUGAAAAUAAUCUCGCCAAUGAAAUUUGGCGAAUUGACAAGGAUGAAGUCUCUUCUUCUUAUGCAGUCAUGAGGUUUUUUUUUUUGAAAUAAAAAUGACGUUUCGAUUUUUUUGAGAUGCUUUAUAAUGACCAUGAAACAUGGUUUUUCUGAAGAUUCAAUCUUAUACAAUUGUUUCUUCAAAAUCAAGAGAGUUCUCAUCUCAGAAAGAUGAUUGUUGACCUUGAGGUCAGUAUUUUUUUUCUACAUUUUGAACGCCUAAUUCCUGAUGAUAAUAUACCUUAGGGCAUUAUAUGAUCUUCAAUCUCUAACUAUCUACUCUUAGGCCCCCAUGUUUGACAGUGGAGGUAUUGUCAGUCAGGAUCCAGCAAUAUCUUAUGUCCGGUCUGAGGUGACUUUGAAUGACGAUCAGCGUAGAGCGAUCCACAAAGUAUGUCGUUUUUUCUUCUUAUUCCGCAGUGUUUUCCCCUCUUUUGAAUAUACUCUUUACUUCAGGAUGAUCUGUAUUAAAAGAUCAAUCACUAACGCCACUAAGCUUUCUAGAUGCUAUAUGCCAAGGAUUAUGCUCUAAUUCUCGGAAUGCCUGGAACUGGGAAAACCUCUACUUUGGUGCAUGCUGUGAAGGCAUUGCUGAUUAGAGGUGCCUCCAUUUUGCUUACAUCAUACACUAACUCAGCGGUUGAUAAUCUUCUGCUCAAACUGAAAGCAAAGGUUCCUUCUCACCCAAUUUUUUUUUCAUUAUUUGUUAGCAUAAUGAAUUUAUAAUGUACUGACUUUCUUCACUUCCGACUUUCAAUAGCGCUUGCCUCCCUCCGAAAAAGAAGGAUUCUAUUCUGUAUCCCCCGCCGUUCCUCAUUCCUCAUUUUCUAAAAAUAGAGCCACGAGACUCUGCACAUUUUCAUAUCCAUGUGUGUUUACUGUUAGUUCAAAGUUCUUAAAUGAUGUACAAAAUUGUAAUGUUUAAUACAUGCUCACCUACUUUCAUAAAAGUGACAGCAGUCUACAAACGACUAUAUACGUACAUGGUUUAUCGGUUAUCUUCAAACCUACUCCAGAAGAGACCACUGGUAUUUUAUGCUAUGAUCGCCAAUGCUCGUGGAUCUUCACAUAUUCUCUUCACCCUAUCAGGAACCCCUUGACUACAGUGACUGGCAAGUGAGAUGUAACCUAAAUGGAAAUUAAAUAAACUAUGCUACUGGCUUCACCGAAAAAUUCCGUCUUAUGAUCGAUGGUCCUUCAGUUAGCAGUCGAAUGAUUUUUUUGUUCUAUAUCCUCUGUUAUUUUAUGGAGCAUAUUGAAAGGUUAUAUUCAUUUCCAUGUGUCUCAUUUAAGCUAGUUUAAAGAUCUCAAUCUGACAUUUCUACUGCAAGUUUAACUGAAGUAGAGUGCUAUGAAGCAUUACUUUCCUUGUUUUAUUUUUCCUUUGAUGUUGUCUGGGUAAUUCAACGAAUUUUGCUGAAUCUCUUGGAUAUAUCAAGCACGGUUCCUCCAUUCGUGGAUGGUUUAAAAGGCAGUGUCUUGUACCGGACAGUGAUUUAAAGUUUUGAAUGUUUUUGAAGGUGAUAUUUUGUUAUCUGCUGUCAUGACUUUAUUGUUGGUUGUUCAUUUUAAUAUGCUGAAUGUCUACAUCUUAUUAUAUCAUGAUUUUCCGUCUCUAGUCCAUACUAUGUGAAUUUUAACUCAAAGUCUCCAUCUGAUACCUCACAUGUAGAUGACUUUGAACAUUAUAAGGCGAAAUAUUUCCAAUUUUAAGUUCCAAGGUAGAUUCAACCUUUUGUUGACGCUUGGUAUGCAAAGAAAGUAGAUGAAAUCCUUUGUCCCAUUUCCUGACCAAUUAUUUGUAUAUUACUUUGGGUUUGGAUCAGGAUAUCAAAUGCAAUGUGUAUUGGACACAGAAUCUUUCAGUCAACGAAGUUAUCAGACUAGUCAUAGGAUCUAGUCAUCACUAUGCAGCAUUUAAAUUUAUGGUAUGUAGACAGGCAUUAGUCUUUCUGCAUCGAACUUUGGGUUAUGAUUCAUUGUCCUGUGGCACCCUUGUAUUUUUUCCUUUGUCUUGAAUUGAAUGCUUACCUCUUAGAAAAUACAAAACUCUAUCUGAUGCCAAGUUUGUCAGAUCAGUAAAGGGAUCAGAUUGGGAAAUAUACUCUCUGGGAUCUGGCUGGUUAUGAAUAGAAAUAGAUUGUGAAUAAGGUUCUCUACACUCACACCCUUAGACUUCUGUUUGGCCUGUUUCAGGGAAUAGAUUUCAUACGUAUUGGAAGACAAGAAGCUGUGCACUGUGGCAUUCGUGAGCAUUGUCUUUCAGGUCACCUUUUUAAUCUUUCGUUUAAAUUUGCAAUAUGUAUGUCAUCAUCAAAAUAUCUCAUGUUGCAAUUGUCUAUAAUAACAACAGGCAAACAAAGUUUGGAGGAUGUCAGACGCAGAAUGGAGCAUGUCCGUGUAGUUGGUGUAACUUGUUUAGGAAUAAACCAUCCCCUGCUUGCAAAGAGAAAGUUUGACGUAUGCAUAAUGGAUGAAGCUGGGCAAACUACACUUCCUGUAUGUGCGAAUGUUUUUAAUCAUCUCAAAAAAAUUCGGAAUUUUAUUUAUCUCGAGGCAUAAGAUAUUAUUUUUACUCUAUCGAACUUAUUUUAUGAAAAUCGUUCACCAUAGAGUUUAUUCUACUGGUGAAGGCCGACAGAUUAACGUGAUUGUCUGUCUCUCAUUGAAUUUUCACGUGUAUGCAGGUCUCUUUAGGGCCUUUGAUGCUUGCUAAAAAGUUUGUUCUUGUUGGAGAUCACUAUCAGUUGCCUCCACUCGUUCAAGUAAUGCACAAUUUCUGGCGUUCAGCUUUUUCAUUUUUUUUCUUUUGUGCUUCAAUUAUGCCCACAAGUAUUUAUGCUACCUUCCUAUUUUAGAGUACAGAGGCUGAGGAGAAUGGAAUGGGGAUUAGUCUAUUUUGCAGAUUAUCUGAAGCUCAUCCCCAGGCAAUAGCAGCUCUACAGUGCCAGGUUUAGUCUUGCGUUUGAAAAUUAACGUUUCUAUUGUUCUGCAUCCUUUGGUGCAUUGAACAAGUAAAUGAUAUACGAUUUGCCUUUCUUUCAGUAUAGAAUGUGUGCGGGGAUUAUGGAACUAUCAAAUGCCCUGAUUUAUGGAAAUAGGUUGCGCUGCGGUUCACCUGACAUUGCAAAUGCGAAGAUCAAGAUUUCAAGUGCCGAGCCACUUACAUCUUGGCUGAAAGAGGUAGAAAUGCUGUUGAAUGUCACUUGACGUGAUGCAUUUUUAUCUUUUAUAUGCUCAGUUCUGAGGACUAAGCAUGCGGAAUUGUGAGAACUAUUUAGACUUUGUAUCUGUCGGAUUUGACGGAUAAAGCUUUUGACCAGAAAGCUGUCAGAAUUUGUUUUGCUCAUGAAACGAGACUCUCCGUAUGUAGUUGGGUCGGGAUCAGAUCUGAAACCUGGUCUGAUCUAAGCCGGGGUAAUCCAGUUAAUCCCAAUUUCAAGUGCUAAUUGAACCAGCUGAUAGAUAUAUAUACACCGUUCCUGAUGAUUCUGUUAAGACAAUGCUACUUGUCAGACGGCGAUCAACCAAUCGCAAUGUGAACCUGUCCUUUUAUGCCAGCUUAAUCCGGCCUGUGCUGUCUUUUCUUCUUCUGGAAUCACAAACUCUCUGACAUUUUAUUCAGCUUGAUGUUCACUUGCCAUUUUUGCUUGCUAUUGUACUGCAGGUUUUAGAUCCAGACAGAUCUGUGAUUUUUAUAAAUACAGGUCGUUGACUCUUAUCUUAAAUUUUUCCAUCACCGUUUCUGAUUGAACGUGUGCAUUGGAUUGAAAUUGUUGCCCGGUGAAAACAUGCAGAUGAACUGUCUGCAUUCGAAGUGAAGGCGCAGAAAGCCAUAAAUAACCCCAUAGAGGCAAACAUAGUCUCAGAGGUAUUUAUUUCAGUCAACCAUAUGACUUGAGCAGAUGGGUUCGUAAAAGUCUGCACUGUGAUUGAAUCAUUCGUAUUCUCCAUUCUAAUAGAUUGUUGAGGAACUGAUCAAAAGAGAUGUUGCUGGAGAUGAUAUCGGCGUCAUUACUCCUUAUAAUGCGCAGGUGGAUCUGAUUCGAAGCAUUGUUGGGACUAAUGUGGAGAUACACACCAUUGAUAAAUAUCAGGUGAUCCAAGGCUCAUAUGGUGUGGAGCUAUUUCUUUUGGACGACUAGUCACAAGAUUUAUCGUUACAGUUUCUUAAGCUCUGGCAUUUCAAUUUUUUCUUGAUAAAAUUCGUACUGAAACCUUGCCAAAAUUUUUAUUUUUUUUAUUGUUUUUGUCAGUCAAAACAUAGCAUCUGCUUGUGAUUAAUUGGAGAAAUUUUUCUGCCAUUCUGGUUUUCUGCUUUAAAAUCUCUGUUGGCGGAGCAGGGCAGAGAUAAGGACUGCAUCUUGGUCUCAUUUGUGAGAUCUAGUGAGCAGUCAACGCGCUUUGGGACCUCCUUACUUGGAGAUUGGCACAGGAUCAAUGUUGCACUCACGCGUCCAAAGGUUAAUAUGAACUCAACUUCCUUGCCCACAUUUUUCUGACUUUUUUUUUUGUCAUCCGUUUUUUUUUUUGUGGGGGAAAUGGAAAUGAUAUCACUAAACAGGAAAAUUAAUUAAUAUAUGUGGAGGACAUACAAUAAACUAGCCAAAUAUAUUCCUCUUUUUUUUUUGUUUAUUCUCUUGAUUUUUAUUAUAUUUAAUUUUCUGUGAUAAAAAAAUUAUGGGUAGAUGUUGGCUUGUUGGUUUGGAUCAUCUAAAGGUGUCCUCUUGGCGGAUGCAGAAGAAGCUGAUAAUGGUUGGGUCGUGUAGAACCCUCUCUAGGAUACCUCUCCUGAAGCUUCUGAUUGAGAAGGUCAGCGAAGGGGGCGGCAUCUUAACCGUCUCUGACAGAGAAAUCCGCCGGAUGAAGCUCCUGAAGAGAUGUGGCCGAGGCUGA